CGGUCCCGCCUCUCUCGCCCGAGCGGUUAUACAAGCUAGGCCUCUGAAGAACUAGGAAGACAUAACAGCCUUCAAUCAGUCGGUUCGAACCCAGCAAAGGAUAGAAGAGGAGGGAAAGGGUGACAUUGUCUUAAGUUAGCUAUCCAAGAGUUCUUAGCUAUAAAGGAAGACAUGGAGAGCUACAGGAACCAGAACUUUGCUAAUCAGAUGGAGAAGCCAAAAAGUAACUCUGCCAAAAGAAAAGUUGAAGAGGAAUGCAAACUUUUGCCUCUUUGUCGUGCUAAGCCCUCCCCAAGUUUCAUUCAUCUUCCAGCAACCAACCCAGCCACUUGUCAAAACAAUCAGUCAGCAAAGCUACAAACAGGAGUCGACAUUAAAAAGCCCCAGGAUUGCUUAGGUCUGCUUGAGUGCAUGCACGCCAAUCUCCAACUUCAAACCAAACUUGCCCAACAACAGAUGGCCAUCCUAGAAGAUCUACAGUCCUCCAUGACUCUGCUGAUUCCUGGGGGGGAGGGUAAGGACUCUAUGCUGCCAGCCAUACGUCCAAAUUUGCUGUUGACUUGCCAACCUCAAAUCAGUAAAUGAACUCUGGGACCUA